AUGAAGCUAUUCUUGGUUUCCCCUCCCUCAACUCUCCGGAGCACACACCGGCAGCAGCAGCAGCAACAGCAGCAGCAGCAGCAGAUCCAGCAGCAGCAGCUGCUCCUGCAGCAACACCUGGAACUGUACCAGAGGAACCUGCAGCAGCAGCAGCAGCAGCAGCAGCAGAUAGAGAGAAGGGCUGCAGCAGCAGCAGAGAAAAGAGAAACAGAAAAAAAAGAAAAAAAAACAGAGACGCUCAACCCAGCAACCAUACCUGUAUAUCCUUCUGCUAGCAGCACCAGCAGCAGCAGCAGCAGCAACAGCAGCAGCAGCAGCAGCAGCAGCAGCGGCAGCACGAGAGGGAGGUAUGUGAUGCAUGGGAGGGGCCGUCUAGCAGCAAACAAACAGCAGCAGCAGCAGCAGCAGCAACAGCAGCAGCAGCAGCAGCAGCAGAGACGCAGCAAGACAGAGAAAGAGAGAGAGAAAGAAACAGCAGCAACACCACCACCACCAACAGCAGCAGCAGCAGCAACAGCAACAGCAGCAGCAGCAACAGCAACAGCAGCAACAGCAGCAGAUGAGGGGUGGCAGCAGCAAACAACGUUUGCUGCUGCUCGAGGGGAAGGCGGGGGUCUGCUGCCUUCUGAAUGCCCUCAGCAGCAGCAGCAGCAGCAGCAGCAGCAGCAGCAGGCGUUGCUGCCGUCGUCUACGCGACAGACAAAUGCUGCUGCUGCUGCUCGUGCUGCUGCUGCUCGUGCUGCUGCUGCUCGUGCUGCUGCUGCAGCAAGUUUACCCGCAGCAUUUCAAACGGCCGUUAUAACAACACCGCGGCAGCAGCAGCAACUGCAGCAGCAACAGCUGCAGCAGCAACAGCUGCAGCAGCAACACCAACUGCUGCAACAGCAGCAGCUGCUGCAGCAACACCUCAGCAGCAGGUCAAGUUUACCCGCAGCAUUUCAAACAGCCGUUAUAACAACACCGCGGCAGCAGCAGCAACUGCAGCAGCAACAGCUGCAGCAGCAACACCAACUGCUGCAACAGCAGCAGCUGCUGCAGCAACACCUCGAGCAGCAGCAGCAGCAGCAGCAGCAGCAGCAGCAACAGCCCCCGCCGCAGCGCAUAGCUUCUCCUCCCCCCCUGACGAUCCCUAAGCCUCCGCUCUAUCCCCAGGAGCUGCACCACAGACAUUCCCCGCAGCAGCAGCAGCAGCAGCAGCAGCAGCAGCAACUGCUGCAGCAGCAGCAGCAGCAGCAGCAGCUACAGCUACAAGUAACCCCACGUUCGUGGCCUCCUCAGCAUGAGGGGUUUGCUGCUCCCUUCGACGUGCGUGCUGCUGCCCCCGUUAUGUUUAUGGGUGAAAUGCAGCAGCAGCAGCAGCAGCAGCAGCAGCAGCAGUUGCUGCAGCAGCAGAAGCAGCAGCAGCUGCUGCUGCAGCAGCAGAUGCAGCAGCAUGCGUUUGCUGCAAACGAGAUGCAGCAGCACAACCUGCUGCAGCAGACCCUCCCCCCCUUCCCCCGGUUGCUGCUGCCGAGCCCGAGGACCCCCGUGCUGCUGCUGCCUCCUCGUACAGUGGCUUCGCAGCAGCAGCAGCAGCAGCAGCAGCAAGUGCAGCAGCAGCAACAGCUACAGCUGCAGCAACAACUGCAGCAGCAACAACAACUGCAGCAGCAGCAACAGCUCCAGCAGCAGCUACAGCAACAGCAACAGCACCCGCUACAGCAGCAGCAACAGCUACAGCAGCAGCAGCAGCAACAGCAGAAGCAGCAUUACACAGCAAUGGGCCAGCAGCAGCAAGUUGACUCAGCUUCGAUGCCGCGGUUGCUGCUGCCGAGCCCCCGGACCCCCGUGCUGCUGCUGCCUCCUCGCACAGUGGCUUCGCAGCAGCAGCAGCAGCAGCAGCAGCAAGUGCAGCAGCAGCAACAGCUACAGCUGCAGCAGCAACUGCAGCAGCAGCAACAACAACUGCAGCAGCAGCAACAGCUACAGCAGCAGCUACAGCAACAGCAGCAGCACCAGCUACAGCAACAACAACAGCUACAGCAGCAGCAGCAGCAACAGCAACAGCAGAAGCAGCAUUACACAGCAAUGGGCCAGCAGCAGCAAGUUGACUCAGCUUCGAUGCCGCAGCAGCAGCAACCCCGGCUGCAACCCCCUCAUGCGGUCCAGCAGCAGCAGCAGCAGCAGCAGCAGCAGCUACCAAUGCAGCAGCAACUGAGAAAUGAGUCAGCGGGCGUUGCUGCUGCAGCAGAAGGGGAGACGAAGUGGUCUCCAGACACGGACAAGCAGCAGCAGCAGCAGCAGCAGCAGCAGCAGCAGCAGCAGGUGCAGCAGCAGCUGCUGCUGCAGACCACGGCUCGCCAGCCCAACAUGCUGCUGCAGCAGCAACAGCAACAGCAACAGCAGCAGCAGCAACAGCAACAGCAGCAGCAGCAACAUUAUCGUCAGCUCCUACAAGAGGAACCUCGUCAGCUAGACAGGCAACCAUGGCAGCAGCAGCAGCAGCAGCAGCAGCAGCAGGAAUCGCAGCAGCAGCAGCAGCAGCAGCAGCAGCAGCAAGAGGGAGAAGCUGAAAUAACAGGCCCCCACAGUGCAGACCUCAACUGCAACGAAUGGCAGCAGCAGCGCAUGCAGCAGCGCAUGCAGCAGCAGCAGCAGCAGCAGCAGCAGCAGCAGCAGCAGCAAACCGAAAUAAGCACAGCAGCAGCAGCAGCAGCAACAGCAGCAGCAACAGCAGCAGCUGCAGCAGCAACAGCAAGAUGA